AAGACAGUUUUCAACCGAUACGCGGCGCGAGCGCACGUCGCCACGAUUUGCUCAGUUUGUGACCAUUUAUCAGUGUGUUUUAGAAUAGGUUUUGAUUAGGAUUUUUUGUAAAUCAGUAAUAAAAUGGAGUGGUGUACUACGGAAUCGGGGAAAUAUAAAAUAGAAUCGCUGUCAGCUGUUACCCUCCCUGGAGCAUUAACGAUAAUAAAAGAAGCGUUCUGCCAAGAUGAAGCAGUGAGUACAGGAGCAGAAGUAAAUAAGAACCCUGUUGCUGCAGAAGAGUUGCUAGAACUAUGCGCAGACGCAGCCCUCGACGGUGUCUCAUUGGUUGCUGUAGAGAAGAACAGCGGAGAAGUAGCUGCCGUGGCCUUUAAUAAAAUACAGGUAGCAUCGACAGAUCCAUCAGAGAAGCCAUUUUUCGAAAUAUUUGCCGAGGAGCGCUGUACUCAGGAGUCAUCUCGCUCCCUUAUUAAUUUCAUGGCAGACGUGGACGGGAGAUGCAAUCUUUUUGAAAAAUAUGGCGUUGACUGCAGCCUCGAAAUAAUGUUCCUGGCAACAUCACGAGAUCACAGACGUCAAAAACUCGGAUAUAUUCUUAGUAAAACAUCCAUCGACCUUGCAAAGAAACUGAAAAAUGGUCCUGUGUCAAAAAUUACACUUCAGGACCUUGGACCGAAGUAUUCUUCUAUGAAGCCACGACCGGUGUCUGAUAAAAUCCCCAAAAUCUGCCAAGCAAUUUGGACUGCAGAGAUAUCGCAAAGAAUUGGAAAGGCUCUUAACUUUACUGUGCAUUUGACUGUGCCUAUGAAAGAAUUUGUAUUUAAUGGAAAGACGUAUGCAGAUAGAUUGGGAGAUCAAAAUGCUUUUAUCGAAGUAGCGGCGUUGGCUUUGGAUGCAUAAAGUGAUCGUAUUGAUAUUGUAAUAUAGUUAUCUCUUAAUUUUCUUAUCAUAUAUAAUAAAUAUCUGUUUAAAAAGA